UCAGUGUAGAGGCUGCACUGAACAGACAACAGAAUGAAAUUAGAGAUAAUAAGUGAUGGCCUCUGUAAUGGGAGAUCAUGAGAGGAUAAAGUAAGGUGAACAGAGAAAUGAAAAGGAGGCACCAAGGAGAGAAAAUCAACUUAAGAGCUGAUUAGAUGGGACAGAGACGUGAGGACUGAGAUAAAGAUGACUUUAGGUUACUUGGAGAAAAUUUUGUACAUCAACCUAUAUCGAGAUGGUUUUGCCAAAGGAAGACAUGAGUUCUCUUUUUGAUGGGUUGUGUUUGAUAUACCUAUUGGAGCAUCCAUUCUUUUUUUUUUUUUUAAUGUCUAGAAGACAGUUAUUUACCAUUAAAACAGAAAUGCAGGCUGUUUCUUUGGUCUAAAACCGUUAAAAUGAUUUUUAGGCAAGUUUGAGCUGUAUACUGCAAGAGGCCAUUACAAUGAGAAAAAAUCAAGAGAGAGAAGAAAUGUGCAUUUAAUCCUGUUUCCUAGAAAGAGACAAUAUGUAAUAUCCUCCACUCAUCUUGUGAUUUGGAUGUCCAAAAGUUUAACUCUAUUUAAAUCUUACUCAGCUGAUUCAAAAUUAAUUAUGUGUUAUUUCUCUCUUGCUUCUCUACAGUAUGCUGUCUGGCUAGUCCUCUGGGUUACGUGGAAUGUGUUUGUUAUCUGCUUCUAUUUGGAGGCUGGGGACCUCUCAAAGGAAACAGACCUUAUCCUGACUUUUAAUAUUUCAAUGCACCGAUCUUGGUGGAUGGAGAACGGACCAGGAUGUACGGUGACGUCAGUGACACCUGCCCCAGACUGGGCCCCAGAAGACCAUCGCUACAUCACGGUCUCAGGGUGUUUUCUGGAGUACCAGUACAUAGAAGUGGCUCAUAGUUCCCUCCAGAUUGUCCUCGCACUGGCAGGGUUCAUCUACGCCUGUUAUGUUGUGAAAUGUAUAACUGAAGAAGAGGACAGCUUUGAUUUCAUAGGUGGCUUUGACUCUUAUGGCUAUCAAGGGCCUCAGAAGACAUCUCAUUUACAGCUACAACCUAUGUACAUGUCAAAAUAAUCAAGAUGACUUCAAAAUGUCAGCUCAUGGACCUUUCAAGAAACUUGUUUCGCAGUGGCCUCCUGCGUUUUAUAAAGAGCAAGAAGCAACUGAAUUUAAAUACAUAUACAUAUUAACAAAGCAAACAAAAAGGUUACACACGCACACAUAUACACGAGUACACACAAUUCCACUUGGCCUCCUCUUUCUAACUGAAAGAUACACAGGACACUCCCAUCUUGGAUUUCCUGAAAACAGGCUUCUUUCUCUCAGGCCUUUGGAAAGAUCAAAAGGAACCGUGUUGGUGCCCUCUGCUGGCCAUGACUAACUCUUCUGCAGCCCACCAAUCUCUGUGAGCUACGUAGUCAUCCAGGGCAAAUUUAUUUUGAAAGUCCUGCACUCCAUACACCUUGAUAGCACCACAGCUACUUAGGCAAUGUAAUUGCAAAAACACACAAAACAUGCCGUGAUGACCUUGUAACCAAGGUCCGAAAUGGCAGGUUGUUUGCCCAAAAGGCUGUACCGUACAUACUUGCCUUAACCCACCUAAGUUGUGUGCCUGAGAAUCUCAGUGCAGACAUCCCCAAGUCACUUCCUUGAGGCUCACACACUGCUGUUAAUUCUGAAUGAGUUUGAGCCUGUGUGUUUCACGUCAAGGACCAGGCCUGCAGCAGCUCCAGUGUGUUUGUGUAAGAAAACUGCCAGUUGUCAGCAAAGUGCUUUACCAUUGAGCCUCCAUGGUGGCCAAAAAGAGACAAUUAACAAUAACAACAACAACAAUAAUAAUAAUUGUCAUCUUUAUAAUUCGUAAAUAUGGUCUUCUGGUGAGGUUCAGUAGGACAAGGUAAAAUUUACUGAUCUUUUUACUAAGCUCAUUAAUCUCCUGGAAGCAGAAAGCAGAAAUGGCUUAACUCAUUGAUUUUAUUUAUUGCACUCUAGGUGCUUUUAUAAGUAUCUACGAAUAUGUCUUUUACUAACACAGAAACAGUUGUGGAUUUCUAUCAGCUGAGGCCAACUGACUAUGUACUAGCUAUGUUUACUCUUUUAUAUCUAACUCAAAUUGAAGACCUUAUGUAGGUGAACUUUUUUUUCUAACUUCAGCGUAUGAGAUUAUUUUUUGGGUGGGUGGGGGGAGCAGUAGUUACCUUGGUGAAAUAUUUGAGAUCUCUUUGUGGUAUUUGGGGGAUCUGUUGUGUGUUAGAGUGUAUUUUAAUCCUCCUGUAUUAUUGUGGCAGAAAAAACUGUGCUGUUAACGUAGUUGGCAACGAGAUGCCUUUGGAAACUUAAUAGUAGGUCAAUGUGUUUAUGGACUAUUCUGAACUCCUAGGAAAUUUAGUUCUAUAUUUUCGAGCAUUAUUUGGUUUUUAUUAGUGGGAAACAUAAUUAGCUCAGGCUUAUCAGGAACUCAGAUGAGCCUUCUGUCUUCUCUUGGAAUAACUGAGAUACUAAAAUCAAUCCUUUGUUUUGGUUUUGUUUUUUUUAAAACCCACCAUCCUUAAAUGCAGUGAAAUUCACACUUGGAAAGUUAUAAAUUGGCAUGGAGCAACUUUUUUCUUUGUUUUAGGUGAAAUCUGUUAUUGGGUUAAUCUGCUCUGGAACUUUGCCCAUCCAGAUCUACAUAAACCAGUCCCAUUACCGUGUUUGCAUGGAUGUCUGUGAUCUACACACACAUAUACAUUAGAAAAUGAUGAAAGGAACACAAGGUUACCAUCAGAACAUAAACUACAAAAAAGGUUCCAGUGCUCAUACUUGAAUUUUCUCAGUGGCUUGUAUAUGUUUGUCCAUAUAUACAUGUAUAAAAUACACAAUUACAAACGUGUCAGUGAAGCCUCAUGCAAUGAUCUUAUGUGACAUGCAUGUUUAAUGUAUGAGAAAAUAUUUACCAAUGUAUUAUCCAUUGACCCCUAAGAUAUAAAUAUUAUACAUGCCAGAAAUUAUUCUAUAUGUGACUAUUAUGAUGAGGUUUCAUUGUACAUCCAUGCUAUGAUGAGAUCCCACCUUAUAAUACAUGUGUAUGGAUACAGGUAUAAGUGCACAGAAUAAACCCUUGUAUUCUUGCUUUAAGUUGCAGCCAAAUUACCACCAAAUCACUACUAUCAUCACCACCCAAAUUUUCAAAACAGUUGUUGACUACUAAAAAGUAAUCAGUGGACAGGUCUUUUUUGGGAGCAGUAAGCACAGUGGUGUGAUUAUAUCUGGAAAAACAUCUAAGUUGUACAGCUGUAUCCUCCUCAAAAUCCAGUGAAGAAUGCUAUUUUUCUAGGCUGAGCUUUUGUUAUAAACCUAAUAUUCAGAAGGCAAAAGUUAUAAUCCUGAUAUGUCUUUUUUUUUUUUUUGCAUUUGUUAAUUCUGAAUGUAUUUUUAACAGAGUGAUUUUUUUGACUUAUUAGUGUAAUUUGCAUUUAAAAAAUAAACA